AUGGCCGCGAACGAUAAUGUCGCGGACCUGACUGCCAAGGCGUACGAGAUCACCAGAAGGAUCCCGUAUGGGAAGGUCACUACUUACGGUACGGCUCAUGAGCGACUUCCUGAGCUGAAGGGCGGCGUUGACCACUUAGGGCAUAUAGCUCGUCUGGCCGGCUAUCCCACUUAUCCCAGACAUGUCGGAAAUGCCAUGAAGAUGCUCAACCCCGGUACUGACAUCCCCUGGCACCGGGUGAUCUCCGCGAAAGGCAUCAUCUCACCCCGCGGUGAUGCGGGUCUAGGCGUCGAGCGCCAGCGACAGCGAUUGGAAGCGGAGGGCGUGGUAGUGGAGACGCUAGUAGGGCAGGGAGGUGAAAAGGUGGAUAUAAGGGAGUAUGGGUGGUUUCCGGAGGAGAUACCUGGGUUUACGAUCGCGAGGGACUAG